AUGGAUCCCUGCUGUUUCAGCAAGUGCCAAUGGUGGAGAUCGACGGGAUGAAGAUGGUGCAGACUAGAGCCAUCCUCAACUACGUAGCAGCAAAAUACAAUCUCUAUGGAAAAGACCUGAAAGAGAGAGCCUGGAUUGAUAUGUAUGUGGAGGGAACAACAGACCUGAUGAUAAUGAUCAUGCAUCUCCCUUUUCAACCAGCUGACACAAGAGAAAAGAAUCUUGCCUUAAUCAUUGAACGAGCUUCAAGCAGGUACUUUCCUGUUUAUGAAAAGGCCUUAAAAGACCAUGGCCAUGAUUAUCUUGUUGGCAACAAAUUAAGCUGGGCAGACAUCCAUCUGCUGGAAGCCAUUUUAAUGGUUGAAGAACUGAAGCCUGAUAUACUGUCUGCGUUCCCUCUGCUACAGGCUUUUAAAGGAAGAAUAAGCAACAUUCCAACAAUAAAAAAUUUCUUGCAGCCUGGCAGCCAGAGGAAGCCGCCAACAGAUGAGAAGCUUGUUGCCUUUGUGAAGAAAGUAUUUGAUAUGUAAUCUUGUGGCUGCUGAAGGUAACACAACUGUAGUCUUUUACCAGAGCUGUGCCUUCUAAGAGUAAACUGCAUAGAUGUGUUCUGUGGUU